UGCGAGAGUAGCUGUGCUUGUUGGUGGUUAGAACUCAGACUGUGGACGUCGAAAAUUGCUAUAAUUAAUUGGAAUUAGCAUAGAAUACAAUAACAACAACAAAAUAAAAUAUGAUUGCGCAAAAUCUAAUCACAAAAUUGCGUCCAUGUAUGCAACGUUUAUUUGCUACAAAAUCAUCAACAGAAGCAGCAAAAUUCAAUUGGCAAGAUCCAUUAAAUCUGGAAUCACAACUAACUGAAGAUGAAAUCGCUAUACGUGAUUCGUUUCGUAAUUACUGCAAAACUGAUCUGCUACCGCGUGUCAAAAUAGCAAACCGAAAUGAAGUGUUCCACAGAGAAAUUAUGGAAGAAGUAGGCAGCUUAGGUGCACUUGGUUGUACACUUAAUGGUUAUGGCUGUGCCGGUGUAUCCAAUGUAGCGUAUGGACUCUUGACUAGAGAAAUUGAGCGUGUAGAUUCUGCUUAUCGUUCGGCUUUAAGUGUGCAAAGCUCUUUAGCAAUGGGCGCAAUAUACGAUUAUGGCACAGCAGCACAAAAAGAAAAAUAUCUGCCCACCAUGGCGCAAGGAAAGCUUAUCGGUGCUUUCGGUUUAACUGAACCAAAUCACGGCAGUGACCCAGCAGGUAUGGAAACUCGUGCCAAAUAUGACAGUAAAUCAAAGUGUUACAUACUUAAUGGCUCCAAAACUUGGAUAACGAAUUCUCCUCUUGCUGAUGUGCUUAUAGUAUGGGCUGUAUGUGAAGAUAGUAAAGUUCGUGGCUUUAUAGUGGAUCGUUCACAAUCUGCAAAAGGUUUAGCCACACCCAAAAUUGAAGGAAAAUUCUCUUUGCGUGCUUCUGCGACGGGUAUGAUACUCAUGGACGACUUACAUGUGCCGGAAGAAAAUCUACUACCUAAUGUUGUGGGAUUUAAAGGACCAUUUGGCUGCUUAAAUAAUGCACGCUAUGGUAUUGCUUGGGGUGCACUUGGUGCAGCAGAAGCUUGCUUAGAAAUUGCGCGAGAAUAUACUUUGGAUCGAAAACAAUUUAAGCGUCCAUUAGCUGCAAAUCAAUUAAUACAAAAGAAAAUGGCAGAUGCUACUACUGAAAUAGCUUUGGGCUUGCAAGCUUGUCUACAGGUUGGGCGUCUAAAGGAUAAACAUUUACAUACACCGGAAAUGAUUUCGUUGAUCAAAAGAAACAAUGCUGGAAAGGCAUUAGAAAUUGCACGUGCAAUGCGCGACAUGUUAGGCGGUAAUGGUAUAUCAGAUGAAUACCACAUCAUACGUCAUGUAAUGAACUUAGAAUCCGUAAAUACGUAUGAAGGUACCCAUGAUAUACAUGCAUUGAUAUUAGGUCGUGCUAUUACAGGAAUUGCUGCAUUUGCAAAUUAAAAUAAUUAUUAUAUGUUGUGUUAAAGACUUGCAUUUAAAAAUAUAAUUAGAUAUGCUUUAUGUAUUUUAAGUAUCAAAAUGAAUCUUUAAGGAUUGAAUGGAUUUUUUUCUUAAAGAUAUUAUCAAUAAAGAUAGCCAUACUACCA